GAAACUGCUUUUCAGAGGAUAACUGCCAAAACUAUUAAAUUAUGGUGGUCAUUAUUAAACUUACAGCCAUUUUAUCAAAGAAGUUAUAUUUUUUUAUGUUUUACCUUGGAAUAAGUGCUAAGAUUUCCCACAAGCUUUCAUUUUAUUUUCUUCACUUGCUUCUUGUGCGUGCACCUGCAAUGUUAGGGCGUUCCCUAUAAUCUAGCUGAUUCAUCAAAAUAGAUGAUAAAUUUAACGUUAUUAAAGUGUAUGAAGCACCUUAUAAACCUGUCCGUUCAUGAUUAAUGGAUUGGGUUCAAUCUAAUAAUGAGACAUAAACAAACGGUGAAAUACAAAAUUUUGUAACCUUACAUUUAUCCACACCUUAGAGGAAAAACAUCUGAGAUAAACAGUUGAACCACUCCCUCUGUGAUCAUAUAUAAUCCGGCCCUGCUGAGUUCUGAUUUAUUGAAAACGUUCAUCAGACUCACCAGUGUUCAUCAGUGAUUUGCUCUUACACGGCAGUUCUACAUUAACAUCAUGGCAUACAUUUAUGGAGACAUCCUGAAAAUAGACACCACCGGCGCAUCAGAGGUGACAGCAAAACAGGACAAAUUAACCAUUAAGGGGGUUGAAGCCUCUAAAAAACUGGCUGAGCACGAUCUUGCCCGGAUGGAGAAAUACAAGAGUAUGAUCACUAAAGUUGGCAAAGCAAAGAAGAUAGAUCCGGCUGUGAUUGCUGCCAUCAUAUCCAGAGAGACCAGAGCUGGAGCCCUCCUGAAGAAUGGAUGGGAACCCAAAGGCAAUGGCUUUGGCCUCAUGCAGGUUGACCAACGUUACCACUCUCUAACUGGUACAUGGGACAGUGAGCAACAUGUCACACAAGCUACAGAGAUACUCAUUGGCUUCAUAAAAAAAAUUAAAGUAAAUUUUCCCGAUUGGACACAAGAGCAAUGCUUUAAAGGGGGAAUAGCGGCCUAUAACAAAGGUCCGGAGAGAGUCACUUCGUAUGAGAAUAUCGAUGCCAAAACCCCAGGACUAGACUACUCCAAUGAUGUUGUUGCCAGAGCCCAAUGGUUCAGAAGCAAGGGUUACUGAAGAACUGCAGUUACUGAGCUGUUAAACUCUUGUGAAAUAUAUACCGUGUAUUAGCUUCACUGAACUACUCCUCAUUGAUGAAGUUACUGUAUUUGUAUCGCUUAAACAUAAAUACCUUUUAAUAUCUAUUUUUCCAGUAUCUUUUGAUUCAGUUAAUAAUCCAAUAACU